GUCACUCGGGCGAACUCAGAGAUGGCGAGCCACCGCACAGCAGUCUUUGUCUCAAAAGGCGGCAGCCAAGCAUUCGGUCGGCAUGCUCUCUCGGCUGUCUGUCUGUCUAUCUGUCUGUCUGUACACUAAGUAGCUAUUCACAAUGGCAACUAACAAUCUCCCCCAUCCCCUCCUCAGUCCCUCCAGCCCUCCUCAUCGUCGAGCCCCAUGUCCUCCUCGUCAUCACUGUCGUCCCACGGCCAUAUCACCAUCUCGACGGUCAACUCGUGCUCAUUCGGCCCGGCUGCCAGGUCCUCGAUCGACGAGUCCUCACCAUCGUAGCGCCGGUAGAGCAUGGGCAGACGCAGCUCCAUGCCAUACUCGGCCAUGUCCUCGCGCACACGGCCCUCGCGGAACAGCAAGUCGAGCUCGCUCUCGACUUGGUCAGCGUUGCCAGGGGCGGUGAAGAUGUCUGCACGCUCGCUGAGCUUGAAGGUGGCGUGCUUCGGCCGCAGCUCGUGGACGAGGCGGAAGAGGUCCCCUAGCCGCAUGGGGACGCUCUCGGCUCUCGCGUUGUAGAUGUCCUCGGCGCUGCCCACCAUGUUGAUUGGGAUUGCUUUGAUCUCGAUGUUGAGCUCUUGCACUCUGGGGUACUGUCGGGUGGUCUGGGGUGAGGGAAAGGCGACCGGGGCGGCCGCCUUGGUGCGGGGCCGGUCGAAAAACAGCGGCUCGUUGUGCACUAUCUCCAACUUCUGCGACCCAAGUGAGAAGGGUUGAUUCAUGAGGGAGGGAUGUGGCCGUGUAAUGUGUGUGUACAUCUGUACCUUGAGUGGCUUUGCGAUGCCUUGCUGGAUGUAUGCCAGCGCUUCAGAGGCCAUGAUGGCGUGGACCGGCCAGUAGUCGAGCUCCACCUGAAUGAGUGCGGGGAGGGAUGAGAGGAGGCGGGAGAGUCGGUUGGGCGUGGCGAGCGGGAUCAGGUACUCGGGGUCGCACGUCGGGAUGCCAUAUGAGCCACUGUUGACUUCCGUUAGGCAGAGCGUCGUCACGUUGCUGAAUUGACACAUACACGCGCAGAAAUUGAGCCAGUCGCCUUUAUCGCCCUUGUUGUCGCCUCACCUGAGUGACUUGAGCGUGGUCUCCUCGGUCAGCCACAGAGGAAUGCAAUUGAAUGACUCGGCAUCGACAUCGGGGCCGGCGGUGCGGAGUGUGAUCUCAAGUGUGGAUGCGUUGUCGAAUUGGAUGCCGCUGAAGUGGGGGCUGGUGGGAUCGCCGGACCGGCUAUCCAACCACACGCAGUCCCCCCCUCCCGCGUGCCGUUUGAUAGUCUCCACGAUCUCGAGGGUCUCGGCGGCCGGCGGGCCCUCGGUGGUCUCACCACGGCAUUGUAUGCAUGUCGUCCCUCCCUCUCUCACCACCUCCCAACCCAUUUUCUCUGCCUCACGAAUCGUCUGCACCGAGUCUCCACAGGACCACAGGGGCAGAUCGGGAACGUCACCGACCAGGUCAUGGACAAUCCGAAGGGGGCAGUUGACCUUGAGCUGGCGCUUGGCGGCUCCCGAUGGGGAGGAAGAGGGGGAGGGCGAGGGCCAGGGGGAGGGGGAGGGGGCCGCACUUGCGCUGCUGCUGGACGAGGCGGCCGCACCACCGCCGCUGUGUGGCGUCAGCUGCCGCAGCAGACUCACCACCCUGGUUCUCUCCGUGUUGUUGCGGUGGCCCUGCAGCUUGAGGUGGCCGACAUAGCGCAGCUUCUUGAGCAAUGGGAGGGCAGCAGCAGUGAGGGGCACGACGCAGCUCUCGUUUCUGCCGUAGACAUCGCAGCACAGCAGUGGGAAGAUGUCCAGGUGGCUGAGCGCGGGGGACGAGCCGAAGAUGAACGCCAGACUGCGAUCGAGCACGGCGCGGAUGGAUGCCCGCUUGGCCACAGCGGAUGGGGGGUCGGGAAAGUAGAUGGAUGGCUCGCGCCUGAGGUUGGAUGUCUCUUUGUCGGAGAGCACCUUGGCGGUGAGGCGCUCGAGUGCCGGGCAGACGAGCUUCUGCUGCUGGAAGAGAUGGAGUCCGUCGAGGCUGUCCACCUCAACCGACCGGACCGACGGAAACACCGCAUCGGGCCCCUUGACCUGCGCCACCGGCAGGCCGCUCGCCGUGUCCUCAGACCCUUCGCCCCCAUCCGCAUCACGAUCCUCAUUGUCAUCUUCGUCCGGCUGCUGCUUGGCUUGUGUCGUCUGGAUUGCCUUGAGCGUGUCGGUGUGGUUGACCAGCUGCAGCGAGACGAAAGCAAAGAGCCGCGCCCGGCCGAUCUCCUCGACCUCCUCGUCUCUGGGCAGCAGGACAAUGGCGUGCUGCUGCUGCUCGAACGUCACCAGGCUGCCGCCGGGUCCCCUGCAGCUGAGGCCGUGGUUGGGGCGGUGCCAGUUGAUGACGCGGAUCAGCGAGUAGAUGGCCCAGUAGAAGGCCCGGCAGACGCAGCUCAUCGCCAGGCGCUCCUUGACGGACUGAUACGAUGACACGUUGAGCCAGAGGUCAAGCCCAUCCAGAAGGCUCGUGAGGCUCUUCGACGCGGUGCGGUUGGAUGAGUCAUCGCUCUGAGCUGGAGGGGCUGUGCGAGAGGCUUUGGCUGGCGGGCCGUCCAUCGCCCAGCAGACACACACCAGAGAUCAGCUACGCUACGCUACGCCGCUACAGCUUCCUGCAGGUCCACACACACAGACGCACACACAGGAAGAUGCCAUAGCGUCUGUCGUGCUGUUUCCCCCCAGCCCGCUUACAGUUCGUGCGAUGAAUGCAUUGCUGCAAGACCCUCUCGUCCAUCAUUUCUUGGCCAUCUAUGCCCUCUGGUGGCGGUCGGUUUGUCGGAAUUUGAGGGUGCGCUACCACAGGAACACCUUACCAAACAGUGUCGUGCUCCUUUCC